AUGGCGGCCCAGGCUCUGCUCAGGCCUCUCUGUGAUCUCUGACGUGCUGGACAUCUGUUCUGGGGCUUCCCAGGCUUCUCAGAUCACUGAACUUACCUGCCUCUGCGAUUUAACUUUGACCCAGGCUUUGCUUCUCUGUAGUCGCUCUCCUAGCCACCGCUGUCAGUCCCUGGAGCAAUCUGCUCUUCUCCAAGGCCAAGGACAGAAUUCUGUUUUAGUGAAUUGAGAAUGGCCGGGUAUUCGUCUCUCUCCGCACUACGCUCUACUCCUUUUGUGCCCAUCGUGCCACGUUAUGCUUAGAGACCCCGCUGAAAUAACAUUAUUUCCAGGCCCAAGGCAGAGUCACUGCAGUUAUUCUGAAAUUAGUUCCAGACUACUGACCCUUGGAUAAACAGUGCACUUACAUGAAACCAUGGCCGGUUAUAAACCUGUAGCGAUUCAAACAUAUCCUGUACUUGGUGAGAAAAUCACCCAAGACACUCUGUACUGGAACAACUAUAAGACCCCUGUUCAGAUUAAGGAAUUUGGUGCAGUGUCCAAAGUAGACUUUUCUCCCCAGCCUCCAUAUAACUAUGCGGUCACAGCUUCUUCAAGAAUCCACAUUUAUGGCCGGUACUCUCAAGAACCUGUAAAAACCUUUUCCCGUUUUAAGGACACAGCAUACUGUGCUACUUUUCGACAGGAUGGUCAGUUGCUUGUCGCUGGCAGUGAAGAUGGCGUAGUUCAACUUUUUGACAUAAGUGGCAGGGCUCCCCUCAGGCAGUUUGAAGGUCACACAAAAGCAGUUCACACAGUAGAUUUUACAGCUGACAAAUAUCAUGUGGUCUCUGGAGCUGAUGACUAUACCGUUAAAUUAUGGGAUAUUCCAAACUCCAAAGAAAUUCUGACAUUCAAAGAACAUUCUGAUUAUGUGAGGUGCAGCUGUGCUAGCAAACUGAACCCAGACCUUUUUGUAACAGGAUCAUAUGAUCAUACUGUGAAGAUGUUUGAUGCCCGGACAAAUAAAAAUGUUCUGUGUGUGGAGCAUGGGCAGCCUGUGGAGAGCGUCCUCCUUUUCCCCUCGGGAGGCCUUCUGGUGUCUGCAGGAGGCCGUUAUGUUAAAGUCUGGGACAUGUUAAAAGGAGGACAGCUGCUUGUGUCUUUGAAAAAUCAUCACAAGACUGUGACAUGCUUGUGUCUUAGUAGCUCUGGACAGAGGUUACUCUCCGGCUCACUGGAUAGGAAAGUUAAAGUCUACAGCACAACUUCCUACAAAGUUGUCCACAGCUUUGACUACGCAGCUUCAAUCUUGAGUCUGGCACUUUCUCAUCAAGAUGAGACGAUAGUUGUAGGAAUGACCAAUGGAAUACUGAGUGUUAAACACCGCAAGUCUGAAGCAAAGAAGGAGUCUCUUCCAAGGAGAAGGAGGCCUGCAUAUCGAACCUUUAUUAAAGGAAAAAUUUACUUGAAGCAACGGGAUGACAUCAUGGUCAACCGGCCAGUAAAGAAGCACCUAGAAUGGUAUGACAGGGAUCUGAAAAGUUUUCGGAUCUCAAAGGCCCUCGACAGAGUCCUUGAGCCUAAUUGUGUGAUAAAGACCCCUGAGGUUACAGUUUCCAUCAUAAAGGAACUGAAUCGGAGAGGCGUCCUUGCCAACGCUCUUGCAGGUCGGGACGAGAAGGAGAUUACCCGGGUCCUUAACUUUUUGAUAAGGAAUCUGUCUCAGCCGAGGUUUGCCCCUGUUUUGAUUAAUGCUGCUGAAAUCAUCAUCGAUAUAUAUUUACCUGUGAUUGGCCAGUCAUCAGUAGUUGAUAAAAAGUUUAUAGUACUUCAAGGACUUGUAGAAAAAGAAAUUGAUUACCAAAGAGAACUCCUAGAGACCUUGGGGAUGAUGGACAUGCUGUUUGCUACCAUGACACGGAAUGACAGCGCCCCUGUGUCAGAGCACAUGCCUGCUGAACUCCCAGAGGAGAAGACAGAGUCCCCAAUUCAGCCCAGUGACACGGACAAGAACUCCUAACUGGGCAUUGUUUGACUCUAUUCAUUACGGAGAAGAAAGCAGCUUCAAUACCACUCAAUUAAAACUGGGACAUAAGUUUCAAGAUAUGGUUUUCCAUGUAUCGAUUUGAUUUAUUUUGUGUUGUCUUCACCCAGAAGAUCUUAGUUGUCUUGGUCACAGUGUCUGUCGACCUCGGAUGAGUUGAUGCUGAUCUUAAUGGAACCAGAAUCUCAGUUGCUGUGGGGCCUCGUGGCCCUCUGGAGAGGUUUCCAAGCUGAUGGAGUCCUGCCAAGUGAACAAAACCGUGGUUUUGUUGUUUUGCUUUCUAGCCUGGGAAAUAUCAAGAACGAAUAAUAACAAUAAAAUUUCCUUCUCUGCACUCAGUGCCCCGGGGAGCUUUCCGUCCCUCCGGCUGGUAUCUUCGGAGUCUUGAGUUGUGCACCAUGCUCAGCUGCUUGUCGGACUGUCUUCCAGGUGUGUUGGACCACUGAAUAAGUGCGUUUAGGGUAUGAUGAGCCUGUUUUGUCACCUACAAAUUGUGCCUGCUACCAGUGUUUUCUUUAGCCUUGCCUGUCCAGAGCGAUCUGACUGAACCUUUUCUCUAAGCCUGCUGCCUUCCUUUCGCCUUCACCGUGCUUCAGUUGCCCUCUCCUCUGUAGUAAAGGCCUUUCAGCCUGCAAGUGCGCUCUGGAGUGUAUCUUGAAUGUGUAACCCUCUAUAACGAUUCUCUUAUCUGUACUUAACACUUCUUUUUCUCUGUUUUCACUUUCUGGGUCAGACUCAAACAGCAGUCUUUGAAAAUUUAUGUUUCUGAAAGUUCAUUGUAAAUUAUAUUUUUUAUAAAGAGAUUCUUUUCUUGGCUUUCUGAGGUGUGUCAGUUCCUAAUGGACAGUCAGUGGCUUUGACCAGCAUACAGACUGCGCAGCCGUUACUGCCCCGCCUUCCUUCAGUGACCCCACUUAGGUUAAUAAGUAUCUGCUGAUGGCAGAUACUGAGCUGAAGAAAUCUUUAGGGAAAGAUUGUAAUGAUUUUGCCUCAUAAUCUCAGUUGUGUAAAUUUAGAGUUUUCUUUUUCUUUUUUUGCCCAACACAGGGUUUCUCUGUAUAGUUUUGGCUGUCUUGCAAGUCACUGUGGCCAGGCUGGCUUCAAACUCAGAGAUGUGCCUGCCUUUGCCUCCCAAGCACAGGAAUUAAAGGUGUGCACCACCACCCGACUAAACUUAGUUUUCCUUAAAGCACAAGGGGACAUAUGCUCAGCAGUAGGGUAUAGUGUCCUGUGGUGAGCUGAAGCAGUUCUGCAGCAGUGGCUUGUGAGAAGCCUAGGUCUUCUUUGAGUAGUUACAACAUUAGUGAAAAAUGAGACGCUGUGCUUUAAGUUGAGAAGGUUGAUUUACUUAAAUAAAACUGUAUGCAGAGAGCUUACACUAGUAGUUGUGAGUCUGCUGGAAGCUGUAGCUGCCGUCUCCUGUGCACCUCUGCAGCAGUUCUUGGCCCCCAGAUCAUUUCAUUCUUGUCAUAGCUACCCAAGGGUCAAAUCAUUCUCUUAGAACACUGAAUUAAUUAAAGUCACUUAACUCCCCAAGCUGGUGUCCUUAUCGUUCCUGCACUGGGCGGGCCUGUGAGAGCCCUAACUACUCAUUCCUUUUGACAGACAUGAGAGUGCUGCAGCGCCUGUAAAAAUGUAUAGCAAUUACAAACCCUUAAAAGAAUCAGGGAGCAUAUCCCACAGUCCUCAAUACAAUUAUGUUCAGGAGCUGGGUUUUGUUUUGUUUUGUUUUGUUUUUUAAAGACAGGCCUCCCAGGUAACCCUGGCUGUCCUGGAACUCAUUGUGUUAGACCAGGCUGGCCUGGAACUCGCAGAGGUCCACAUGUCUCCCAGCAUUCCCAGCGCUGAGAGUUAAAGGUGUGCACCACCACAGCUCAGGAGUUGUUUUUAUAUUCAUCGAAACAAUUACUUGCUAUGUUAAGUGUUUUAACAUAAUGACAUGUUUCAUUCAGUAUGUAAUGUUGACCUUAAGAGUCAAAUGUCUAAUCGAUUUUUAGACUUGUGAUUUUUAGUUGGGAAGUAUUUUAUAUUUUACUGUUGAUGCAAAAAUAAUGAAUUAUUGCUGAGAACUAGUCAUUUAUGUUUAAUUUAUUAUGUUAAUUCAGAUUUCAACAUAAGGGAAGGAUUGCUUGUUUUUAGUCAAUUUUUAAAAUGUCUGUGCUAUUAAAUUGCUGAAGCAACUGAUGUCAAGCGGGACCAUUAGAAACUCUGUUGAUGGAACUUAAAUAAUUCUGCCAAAUGUUAAUUAAAAUCUCCCUUGAACAUGA